UAACUCAUUCAUGGGGUUUUAGGAAAAGAUGUUUAACCUCUUAGUAUCUUAGUUUCUUAAUCCUUAAAGUAGUUGUAAUAACAAUACCUUUAGCAACUUUGGGUUGUUGUGAAGAGUAAAUGAUUUAAUAUAGAGAAGGUGGUUUGUAUGCUAAAUGAGUUGAUACACAUGGGAUAUUUUGCACAUACUGAACACUCAGGAAGUGUUAGUCGUUAUUAUGAAAUACUCAGAAGUUUGAAAUAAUUGUAUCUGUUUUUACUUGUAGGUGAAUAAUUAUGGACAACUCAGACACAUAUUUAUUGAACUUUAAAGGCUGUUAUUUUCAACGUUCUUUACUUGAUGUUGACCUUAUAGAACAUUUAGAUGAUUUUGAAAUUAGAGAUGAUGAUGUGUUUAUAAUUACAUAUCCAAAAUCUGGUACAAUAUGGACUCAGCAGAUAUUAAGCUUGAUUUAUUUUGAAGGACAUCGUAACAGAAGUGAAAUGGUGAACACAUGUGAUAGAGUCCCCUUCCUGGAACACAGUGCACACAAAGUGGACCAUGUCAACAGACCAUCCCCUCGUCUCUUCACUUCCCACAUCCCAUAUUAUUUAGCACCGAAAGGUCUCAAGAACCGAAAAGCUAAAAUUGUUUACAUCUAUAGAAACCCCAAGGAUGUUUUGACUUCAUAUUUUCAUUUUUCAAAUUGGUUAGUUACAUUUGAACCUUCAGAAAACAUAGAACAUUUCAUGAAAAAGUUUCUAGAUGGAAAAGUGAUGGGAAGCCUUUGGUUUGAUCACGUCAGAGGCUGGUAUGAACACAGACAUGACUUCAAUAUUUUAUUCAUGAUGUAUGAAGAGAUGAAGAAGGAUCUCAGAAGUUCUGUGCUUAAAAUCAGCAAUUUUCUUGAAAAAGAACUGAGUGAAGAGGACUUGGAUGCUGUUGUGAACCAGGCUACAUUUCAAAACAUGAAGCUUGAUCCACAAGCAAAUUACAAGCAUAUUCUAAAAUCUGAAAACUGGACAAGAACAAAUGAAGGAGAUUUCCUGCGCAAAGGUACCAUCGGAGACUGGAAACAUCACUUGACUGUGGAGCAAAAUGAAAGAUUUGACAGAAUAUUCCAAAUGAAGAUGAAAGAUUUUCCCUUGAAGUUCAUCUGGGAUAUAAAUGAGGAGUAGAAUCAGUGUAAAACUAUCACAUAAAAAAAUCUACUAGCCAGAAAGCAUAUUUUAAAUAUACAUACUAAUUUGUGCUGCUCACAUAAAUGUUAAUUAUAUAACUUUAUUAAACAAAAUGAGUAAGAUGUACUUACAUUAGUUGCUGUGAGUUUGAUGGACAUUUUGAACAUUUUAAAUUAAAAUGAUUUGAGUAAUAUUCGGUAUUGGUAGCCAAUAUGACAAAAGGAAAAAUAGCAUGCAAAAUGAAUUAUUUAUGUCUUUUGAUUUGAGAUUGAGAUUUCUCAAAUGAUUGAGAUUUCUGUUGAGUGUAUUUUUUCUUUAUCUAUAAUUACAUUUAGAAUUAAUCAACAUUAAAAGUCCUUUAUUUCUUCUAAUUAAACAUUAAUUCUUUGGUUUAAAAUCAGUAUGAGUGUUGAAAUAAAGAAAACACAUGUAAACACAUGCAUC